ACACGCUUUCCUCGCGCAGUAUGGCCCGCUUGAUUCUAGUCGUGAUCUGUUCGACCACGUUAGUUCGAGAAGGUUUUCUUUCAUUUACGGAGGGAUUCGUUUGCAAAUAAUUAAAAAUUUCGUCAUGGAUGACGAAUGGGAUGUCGAAAACGCUGAAGCGAAAUUCGAUCUCGCCAUCAGAUCCAACAAGUGGGAGGGCGAGGACGAAGAGGAAGAAGUCAAGGACAGUUGGGAGGAUGUGGAAGAAGAAAAGAAAGAUGUAGAAAAACCUGCAGAAGUGCCUAAGGCUAAGCCAAAGCCAAAAAAGGCUUUGGCAGAAAGGAUUGAAGAACGUGAGAAAAAGGCAAGAGAAGAAGCAGAAAGAAAAGCUAAGGAAAAGGAGGAAUCGUUGUCACCGGAGGAGAGGAGAGCAGAACAAUUAAGGCGACAGAGGCUUCAAGAGGAAGCCGACCUACGUCUUGCCAUGGAGACUUUCGGUGUGUGGGAAGAACAGACAGGUGUGUUGAGCCUGGAUGCCACGGUGCCUAGCACGAAAGAAGAAUUUGAACAGUAUGGAAGUGUACUUACACAGAAGUUAAACGAACUCGCUAAAAAUUCUGAAUUCCCUCCGUUCGGUGAAGAAAUAAUUAAAAAUGUUGCUCUCAAUUUAUCCUCGACGCAUUUGAAGAAAGUUAAAACGAUGAUCGAUAAUUUGUUUAUCGAGAAGCAGAAGAUCGAGAAGGGUGACAAGACGAAAAAGAACAAGGGCAAAGGAAAAGCGAAAUUGAAAAUCGAGGGUGAUAAUACUCUCCUGAGGGAAUACGGCGACUACGUUUACGACGAGUGUGACGAUUUCAUGUAGCGACCUUUUCAUCCCACAUUCUCACCUCUUGUUCCCUUUUCUAGUCGCCUAAAUACACGCAGAUGGUUAUUAACAUUUUUUGCAAAUUUUAUAAUCCCGUAUUCACUCUCUUUACAUUCAAAUUUCUCCCCAGUUUCUUUAUUCUUUUUUUCGAACAUUGGUUUCAGGUUUCAAUUUUAAAUAUUCUAUCUUUUUUUUAAUUUCAUAUUAUAUACUUGUAUACAUAUGAUUAUACAUAUAUAUAGAUAUGUAUAUGCUGAAGAAUGUGGUAUGCAUCUAAGAGAUGUAAAAUAAUUUUAACACGAAGUGUUAACGUGUUUUAAAUACAAUUGAAACGAAA